AUGCCACUCGUCAUUCUUACCGGGUACCCCUGCUCCGGUCUCACCUACCGCGCCAACCAGCUUGCGUCGCUGAUCGAGAAGGCCCAGGAUGAGCUGUUCGCAUCCGCCGAGACAGCGUCGCCGGUCGUGCUAAAGUCCCGAUACAAAGUCCACGUUGUGUCCUCUCAUGAUAAAUCACACCCAAGAAAUGUGUACGACCAUGCUAGGACAGAGAAGGAGGCACGCGGUGUGGCGUAUGCGCGGGCGAAACGCGUGCUCACGCGGGACAGCAUUGUCAUUUUAGACGGGAUGAAUUACAUCAAGGGGUGGAGGUAUCAGUUGUGGUGUGAAGCCAAGGCUGCGAACACAACGUGCUGUGUGGUCCAUGUUGGAACCCCGGUCGAUCAGUGCAUCGCAAACAAUGACGCUCGGUUGCGCUGGCAAGAGGAGAAGAAGAAGAAUCAGAAGGAAGGCGAAUCAUCUGCAUCGCAAGCUGUGUCAACUGAGGACACUGCGACCAAGUCAAAAUUAGGCCUACCCCCCGAGCUCCUCAACAACCUUAUCUUCCGCUACGAGGAACCCAGUACCCAUAGCCGCUGGGACAAACCCCUAUUCACAGUCCCCUGGUCUGACGCCGAGCCACCAGUGGCAGAUAUUUUUGAAGCCCUAUCAGGCGUAAUUCUUCCUUCGGCAGAGGCACCCGCCGAAUCUCCAGUAUCCAACCUCACCGAAUCGCUUGCAUCCUCCACUCUCUCCGAUAUCGCUAGCACCACGACAACUGGCAGAGCGUUCAACCGCAGCCAGUCCACCCGACCAAAGAUCAUUCCGCACCAAGCCACCGUUCAAGCCGCGGCAACCGACUCCGGGGCACUAUACGCUAUGGAAAAGCGUACCACGGCCAUCGUGACUGCAAUCCGUACCUUCACACAAGCCAACCCCUCGGCUGAGACAGCUCUGGCACAGAGUGCCAACAGAAAGGGCAUCGCAAUAGAUGUCCCCGACGCCUCCAUCCCGGUCAUAAUCCCAACCCACGUCGCCACCACGGGCACGACAGACGAGCUAGCCGGCGCAGGUGGCAUCCUGGCUUUGCCAAAGCUGCAGCGCAUGCGGAGGCAGUGGAUUAGUUUGAACCGCAAGUACAUUGGCCACGGCCAUGGAGCGGGACAGGGGACUUUGACGAUCGAUCGUAUUGGAGAUGCGUUCGUGCGGUUCUUGAAUCAUGAAUUUGGGGGGUGUAGAGGAGGCUUAAGUGUAGUGUGGUGCUAG